CCUGACAGUAAGCUGAAAAAGCUGAGUGAAGACAGCUUGACCAAGCAACCAGAGGAAGUAUUUGAUGUCCUGGAAAAACUUGGUGAAGGUUCUUAUGGCAGCGUAUUCAAGGCCAUCCACAAGGAGUCUGGACAGGUCGUGGCCAUCAAGCAGGUUCCCGUGGAGUCGGAUCUGCAAGAGAUUAUCAAGGAGAUUUCCAUCAUGCAGCAGUGUGACAGUCCCUACGUCGUGAAGUACUAUGGCAGCUACUUCAAGAACACAGACCUCUGGAUCGUCAUGGAGUACUGCGGGGCAGGCUCCGUCUCUGACAUAAUCAGGCUGCGCAACAAAACGGUGGGUCCGGUCCUCACAUCAAUCAAACGCAUUCUCUCUGUUGCCAGAAGAAAUACGAAAUGUGAAAUUUUACGAUAUCGAGAGACCACUUGAAAACAAUUUUCAUGGUCUUUCCCCUUGCACAUGAAACCUAUUUGAACUGACUAAAUCACUUUGUAAUUGUAUUGUCGGCAUGUUUGUCCUACAAAUUAUUGCGCGCAAUUUGUGGAAAUUUUACAUUUGUAUACUUUAUUGACAAAGAAAUGUACCAUAAUGUCUGGGGAAAAAAAAGUAAC